UUCUUCUCUGCUUUGUAAUCCAAAAGACCUAAUUCAGAAAAUUAAAUGGAGAGUGACAGUAUAGAUAUGGGAAGUUCUGGUGGGACUCUGGCCAGUUCAAGAUGGAACCCGACAAAGGAGCAGAUAAAUAUGCUUGAGAAUUUGUAUAAGCAAGGCGUGAGGACCCCGAGUGCAGAACAAAUACAGCAAAUUACUAGUAGGCUUCGGACUUACGGUCACAUUGAAGGAAAGAAUGUUUUCUACUGGUUUCAGAAUCAUAAGGCAAGGCAAAGGCAGAAGCAGAAACAAGAGAGAAUGGCCUUUUUCAAUCGAUAUAUUCAUAAAGCUCAACCUGUGUUCCCUCCUUGCGCUAACGUCUGCGGUCCGUAUUACUUACCACGGAGCGAAAUAGGGUUCUAUCCACAGUGCCCCAAGGUGUUACUUCCUGGUGGCUUUACAGGGAAAGUAAAACUUGAUGAACAAAUGGAGAAUACAAGAGGUUCACUGCAUGAUCCAGCUGAGCAAUAUAACUAUAAUGUUAUGAUGCAAAUGAGCAAUAUUGAUGAAGUCAGCAUAGACAAUAAUCAGGAAACGUUGCCUCUAUUUCCCUUGCACCCAACUGGCAUUUUACAAGGAAGAAGAACAAUCACAACGCCUUCUAUUGCUUCGACCUCCAGCUCCUCUGAGACUAACACUGCCAUUGAAGAAGGCUCCUGUGACCAACCCUUCUUUGAUUUUUUCUCUGGUCGGGGAUGCGACAGUGACUGAAAGGUUUAAGCAAUCGCACUAACAUGCUACGUUACUGCUGAAUAACCGCUGUUUUUCUGCAAGUUUUUCUAUUUUGGGAUCGUUAGUGGAAACUUUUAUGGUAUU